GUCACACUGGCUGCACCGAUUCUCAUUUGUUUUGAAAUUAUUUCAUUGUUUGUUGGCCAAAAAUGUUUAAAAAACUUAAGCCCGGUGAAAGUGAGGAGGAUAUCCUCCGGAUGUCCGCCGAGUUCAAUGCCGAAAAAGCUAAAAAUCCUGGCUUCCAGCCGGCAGCGGCUUUUGUGCGUGCCGACAGAGCCCCCAAAAAGUCAAUGUUUGCCCAGAGACGGGAGCAGGCCAAACUGGGACGCAUUACCUCGGUUUCAGAUAACAAGCAGGAGGAGAUGGCUCCUCCAACCGAAGAAAUAAAAGUAAAGGCAACAAGUGUCCCGCCAGAGGCUGUUGGACCUCAUGUGGCCAAGAUAUUAAUGGAUGAAAUCCAGGAGAACAUUCUGGGUGAUAUAAAGAGUAGUAAAAUGAUUGCCAGCUCUAUUAAAAAUGUUCUGGGCGAAAUUGUGGAGAGACCUGAAGGAGUACGAAGGCCAAUAGCAACCAAAGAACCCAAAAGAGCCAGCCCAGGAAAACCCCGCAGUAUAUUUGCCCGGCAAAUAUUAGAGGCAAACUCACAAGCUUCAGGAGAAUCAACAACCAAGACAAAUUCCCCAGUUAUUCAUAGAAGUUCCCUGGUAAAAGAGUCCAAAAUGGCACAGGAAAUACAUGAGGAAAACCUGAAUGUGAUUAACCAAAUGAGUGAACAGGAUAUUUUGGCCGAGCGGGAAAAACUUUUGGCUUCGUUGGAUCCCUCUUUGAUUGCCUUGCUGACCAAAAAACGUCAAACUAAGGAGAAACCAGUUGAUAACAAAAAAGCGCCACAGCUAAUUGAGGCGCCAGCACAACCACCUAAAGCCACAGAGUCAUCAAGUCCAGCAGUUACCUCCCUUCCCGACUCAAGCCCAGCUUUGGAGCUGCUGCAACAAAGUGAUGAGGGUAAUUGGGUUAAUUUCAAUCUUGUGGAGGACCACAAGUUGGCCUGGAUGCGGGAUAUUCCAGCCAAGAUGCGGGAAUUAAAGCCGGGUCAGCAGUUCGAUGCACGCUUUGAUUGGAAGGGUGUGCUCCUGCCGCACACUCUCCAGGAUAAGGACUCAACAGGGCAGCUAGAUGAGCGAGAGCUCUAUUUGCAUGGCGAGGAAGCCGAUAGGCCGGGUUAUACGCUCCAAGAACUCUUUCGAUUGGCAAGAUCUACUGUUUUGCAGCAAAGGAUCUCGGCCUUUGGUGCCAUAGCGGGUAUCUUUAGUAUCUACAAUCAGGGAUUCUAUGACCAAGUCCUAACCCUGCCCAUUUCAAAAAUAUUCUUUUUACUGCGCUUUGGCCUGGAUGACAAUGCCCCUGCCCAACUUGAGGUUGUGAGCCGUUCCCUAGCCAAUCUUUUCUAUAAUGAGACGGAUGAGAUACUGCUGGAUCAUGUCCAUGAUAACGCCUAUUGCCACUGGCAGCCCACGCUGCAGGUUUUGGGUAAUCAAGGGGAUGCUAAAGCCAGCGAUUCCGAUCCAGAUUCCAUUGCCUUUCUGCAGCGCUACAUGAAGCUACUGACCACCAGUCAGAGCGUGCGCGCCGAGGUGGAUGAAGAUGAGUCCGAGAGCCGUAUGUCCAUGGAUGACUUCCAACUGGCCGAGACAGAUCUUAUGGAUUGCCUGCUGCGAACAAAUAUAUUGCAAAGGAUCAGAUUUAUCUUAGACUCUGUGAAGCCGGACAACAGCACCGUGGAAUCCUGUUUAAAGCUGCUCAUAAGAAUCGCAAGGACCAAUCUCAAGGUGGCACGACAGUUGGCCAAUGAAAUCUAUCUCCUGGAAGUACUCUUUACCCAUUUUCUACCUCCCUCCCUGGGAAAAAAUCAGUUUUAUGGACAGCCCCAAACUUUGUUUUUAAAACUCAUCCGAGUGCUGACUUGCCAACAUCUGGACAUUGCCAAGAUUAUUUCCAAGGGAGUCUUAAUUUCAAGGCUACAACAAUACUUGUUUCUGCAGGACAAUAAGGGCCCCAUGGUGCGUGUUCAGAUCGAGGCAUUGCGUCUGUUGCGCUGUCUGCUUAUCCUGGGAAUCGUGAAUCGAGAUGUCUUCAGACAGUUCCUGCCCGCGCUUCGCCAGCUUUUGGACUGGCACUGUAAUCACAGUGCCUUUGGUGAUGUGGGCGGUUCGGGGUUGGUAAGCCAACACGCAGCCGCCCUGUUGGCCGCUCUAGUGGCCAGCGGCGAGAGCGGAGCGUGUGACGUAGAGGGACAGAAGCUGCUCGUAGAGCCGUUGAACAAUUGCUGCUGCAGCUGGCUGCAUAAGGCGACGCGUAUGGAAAGAAUCAAGGAGUUUAGUCAAAUGACACUUCUAAGUGCCGCCUUGUACGCCGUGUCCUGGUUCUCGCGGAAUGGCUUCUUAGGACCCACUAGCUUCCAGCCCUUUCUUCGCAGCAUUCUGCCCAAGUUCGUGCAGUCGAGCAGCUUCAUAGCAAGCGUCCAAGACCUGGCCAAGGUAUCUGUACUGCUGAGACGCCCCAUAGAUCGACGCCAUGCGCACGCUGCGCUGCCCAAUGUGGGCGCUGUGCUCAUGCACGACUAUGGGCCGCAGCUGAUUCUCAGCGAGACGUAUCCGGUGCAUCUAUUGAGUAACCUCUGGGCCCUGCUAGCUGCCGUGUCGCUGGAGAGCAGAGACAAGCGUCCAUUGUUUGACGCACUUAUGCAACCGGCGGUGCUGGAGCCGCUGGCGGAGUAUCUGCGGCAGCUAAGCUCGCAGCUAAAUCGCGUCCUGGCCACUAACUUUUAUGCCCGCAGCGAGCUAAGGUUCAUACACCAGCUGCUGACCACCGAUGGAAUGGAGACGUACUUGAAGCGUCCGCAAUUACUGCAGUUGGUCUACAAUUAUCUGUGCUGCCUGUCCACGGCUCAUGCCGCGCAAAUCAAGAGCACCUUCGAGCGGUUUAUCUUCAAUGGGGAUUAUGUCAAGCUGGACGAGGCGAGUCUGAAGCUGCUACAGCAAACGUGCCUGGAAAUUGUCUAUCCCCACAUAAUUGCUGACAACUCAGAGCCUUCGCUAUCCUUGAGCUACACCCAAACACCCAUCUUGCCCGCCGACUGGCCCUUCUUCCAGAUGCGGCUUAUCCUUAGCAAUUACUUGCAAAAUGUGCAGCAGCAACCGGCAGCGAUAUACUCAGAAAACCAGGUGGUCCGCAUGACGCUGUCGUUCGUGAGGGAAUUGGAACGGGAAGGACUGCAGGUGGUUAGCCCGCUGGAGAAGCUCAUGUAUCUGAUGAUUGCCUUCAUGGGGCCCGACUCGCAGUUCCUGGAGCCGGAUUUGCAUGAGCUGCUGCGCGAUUAUCUGAUGGAUUUCUACGAGCAGAGUGCCGCGCAUGACUUUGACUUCGAUGCGGAGCUGGUGGAUAAGGCUAGGUUUGAGCCACUCUACUAUCUGUUUGUCGAGCACUUUGAGGCAGCCAGCUACGGCGAUGAGUUGUUCAGCUCCCUGGUGUUGCUUCCCCUGGCUCAAAAGUACGAUAACAAGUGGAGGCGUCGUCUGUGGUCCGAGCAUGUGCAGGCGGUGCGUUUCCUCAACUGCGAUGAGAGUUUGCUUUUGGGAGGAGUGUCUGCAUACUUGGAGCCUGUGGAAGAGGAGCCAUCGCUGGUGCAGCUGUAUGGCGAUGCAUUAGAGCAAAAGCUGGUUCGUCCCGGCAGCAUUGCCUUCCGGAUAGCACAGCACCACUUUAACCACUCAACGGCGGUGCACAAGACCAAACUGUUUUGAUUAUCAAAAACUUAAUUGCUGAUAUAGCUGUAGAGUUUGCUAAAACUGCGAUAAAGUUAUUUAAUUUUGGAA